AUGGAGCGCUCUGUCAUCAAGCGCGAUGGCCGCCGCCAGCCGGUAAAGUUCGACAAGAUCACGGCCCGCAUCAAGAAGCUGGCAUACGGCCUGGACCCUAUCGUCGAUGUCACCGAGGUCGCCAUGAAGGUCUGCACGGGCGUGUACGACGGUGUCACCACGUCCGAGUUGGAUGACCUCGCCGCGGAGACCGCAGCGUACAUGUCCACUAAACACCACGACUACUCGCUCCUGGCAUCUCGCAUCGCCGUGUCUAACCUCCAUAAGAACACCGUCAAGUCCUUCUCCGAGACUGCUGACAGGCUCUGCAAUUACAGGCUCCCCGUCACUGACGCCCCGGCCCCGCUUGUCGCGGCGGACGUCCAUGAGUUUGUCAUGAAGAAUCGUGAUACUUUGGAUGCUGCCAUUAUCUACGACAGGGAUUUUUCGUAUGACUACUUUGGAUUUAAGACUUUGGAGCGCUCGUAUCUGCUCCGCAUCAACGGAAAGAUUGUGGAGAGGCCCCAGCAUAUGCUCAUGCGUGUGGCAGUCGGCAUUCACCUCGGCGAUAUGGAAGCCAUCCUGGGCACAUAUGAUGCCCUGUCCAACAAGCUCUUCACCCAUGCCUCGCCAACGCUAUUCAAUGCAGGCACCUGCCGCCCCCAGCUAUCCUCUUGCUUCCUUCUCACUAUGACUGAGGACUCCAUUGAAGGCAUUUAUGACACUCUCAAGCGCUGCGCUAUCAUUUCCAAGGCCGCAGGCGGCAUUGGAUUGUCUAUCCACAACAUCCGAUGCACAAAGUCGUACAUCCGUGGUACCAACGGUACGUCGAACGGAAUUGUGCCUAUGCUUCGUGUCUUCAAUGACACAGCUAGGUAUGUGGACCAAGGUGGCGGGAAGCGGAAGGGUGCAUUUGCUAUCUAUUUGGAGCCUUGGCACGCAGAUAUCCUCGACUUUCUUGAUCUUCGCAAGAAUCAUGGCAAGGAAGAACAGAGGGCUCGUGACCUCUUCUACGGCCUAUGGAUCCCAGACCUCUUUAUGAAGCGCGUCGAAGCUGAUGGCCAGUGGUCGCUUUUCUGUCCGAAUGAGUCCCCUGGUCUGGCCGACGUCUAUGGCACUGAAUUUGAAGAGCUGUACGAAAAGUACGAGAAGGACGGCCGAGCACGCAGUUCCAUGAGCGCGAGAAAGAUCUGGUAUGCUAUUCUCGAAGCCCAGAUUGAAACUGGAAAUCCGUACAUGCUCUACAAGGAUGCUUGUAACCGGAAGAGCAACCAGCAAAACCUCGGAACCAUCAAAUCUUCCAAUCUUUGCACAGAGAUUGUUGAGUAUACUGCCCCGGAUGAGGUUGCUGUUUGCAACUUGGCUUCUAUUGCCCUCAACAAGUUUGUAAUUGUUCCGGAAGAUGGUUCCACUCCGUCAUAUGAUCACGAAGCCCUUCGCCGUGUGACGAAGAUGGUUGCGCGCAAUCUUAACAAAGUAAUCGACGUCAACUUCUAUCCUAUCCAGGAAGCUAAGAAUUCCAACAUGCGCCACCGCCCAAUUGGUAUCGGAAUUCAGGGGCUUGCAGACACAUUUAUUCUCAUGCGCAUGCCGUUUGAGAGUGAGGGAGCUCGUGAGUUGAAUAAGGAUAUUUUCGAAACCCUCUACUUCAGCGCUGUAGAGACCAGUUGUGAACUGUCUUCAGAGCAGGGUCCUUACGAGACGUACAUUGGUUCCCCGAUGUCAAAGGGUCAGUUCCAGUUUGACCUUUGGGGCGUGAAGCCCACUUCUGGCCGAUGGGACUGGGAUGGCCUUCGGGAGAAGGUUCUAAAGAGUGGUGUCCGCAAUUCACUGCUCGUUGCUCCAAUGCCUACCGCUUCAACAUCGCAGAUUCUCGGUAACAAUGAGUGCUUCGAGCCUUACACAUCUAAUCUGUACACACGAAGGGUGUUGUCUGGUGAGUUCUGCAUUGUGAACACUCACCUGGUAAAGGAUCUUCAAAAGCUUGGGCUGUGGGAUUCUACCAUGAAGAACCGCAUAGUUGCAGCGAAUGGUUCUGUUCAAAACAUCCCCGAAAUUCCUGCAGAUAUCCGCGCCCUCUACAAGACUGUCUGGGAAAUCAGCCAGAAGCGUAUUCUUGAUCUCGCCGCUGACCGGGGUGCCUACAUCGAUCAGUCGCAGAGCAUGAACAUUCACAUGGCAGCCCCGAACAUUGGAAAGCUCAGCUCCAUGCAUUUCUAUGGCUGGAAGGCAGGACUGAAGACAGGACUGUACUAUUUGAGAACCAAACCGUCGACAGAUGCCAUCAAGUUUACUUUGUCACCUGCUGAGAUUGAGGCUUCCAAGAAAUCCGAAACUGGUGUGUCUUCCGGAAAUGCUGCCCCAGUUGCUUCGGUCGAGGAGGUGCUUGCUUGCUCGAUAAAUAACCCGGACGGAUGUGUGAGCUGCGGAAGUUGA